GAGAAGAGAACUUAUUCGAUCGUUUUUCGAACUAGCUCGGAACUACACAAAAAUACUCUUCAAGACAUGGAUGUAAGUAAAAUAUUAAUAAUACUUUCAACAUCAACUCUCAAAGAAUAAAAUACAGAAAUAUAUUCUAGGAUUAUAUGUUAUAGAAAAAAGAACCGCUAAUAAAGUUUCGAAUGCAUAUGAUUUGCAUGGUAUUAUCUUGUAAUACAAAAAGAAAAACACAUUAUGAGUAGAGAUAUGGCAGAUGAGUCCCAGUUUCGGUGCUGAAACUGGAAAUCAAUUUUAUAGUAACAUAUUCUAUUAUAUUUUAAGUAAAUUAUAGAUUAAAAAAAACGAGCAUUGAAGAAUUAUUUAAGAUGUGAUGUCAAUAAGUUCUCGAAUAGAUUUUAAUGGGCUAAAAUCAUAACCAAAAAAUAAGCUCUACUAUGUUUCGUGAUCAAGAAAACUUGUCCCUGAACAUUUCUACUCAUGACAUAUAUAAUCAAUCUUAUGUAACAUUUUUCUGUUCGACUUGUUGUAAAACACAUUGAGUUAUGUGUAAACAGUAUUUCUAAUGAAAAUAUUCAAUUACAAGUUUCAUUAUUCUAUGAAAAUCAGGCAGAAUCUAAAAACAUGUUGUAAGCCGUGUACCGAGCCGUGCACGUAGAAAGAGUAAAAGCAUGUGAAGAAAAAUAAUGUUUUGAUGAGCUUCUACUUGAGAUAACUGAACUUAGUUUGUGAAUUAUUUAUCUAUUAAAACAAUAACUAAAAAUGAAAAUUUUUAAUUACUAUCAAAAAUUAUGAAAACGUAAGGGAGAAAAUGGAUUGUUUUCAAUUUCAUAAUCAAAGAUAUCACAUUGCAAUUGAAAAUCAGCAAUCUGCUUUUCAUUUCGAUACAGUAUAUAUAACAAAAAGCUUGAUAUUCCGAGACAUUUUCUUCUAUCGAUAACAGAUGUCGACAGUCAUAUUAGACAUAAAAAUAAUUUGCCAAUAUGAUCUGAAAUGAAACUAAUCUAUUUUCUAUCUAUGAUAUUUCUAAAAACGUUAUGUGUUCUCUUUUCUUCGUUCUAGGCCAAUGAAAAAUUAUUGGAAUCAGCAAAACUACAACAGAUUAUAUUUGAAAUUUUAUUGAAUAAACUCUUUAAUAAAUCAAUCGAAGGUUUAAAUGAAACACUUCAUGAAGUUAAAGAUCUGCAAGAAACACAUUCAUGGUAUAAUUGUAAUCUAAUUCAAAUCCGUGGUCUUAAAGCGAAAAUAACUGAAAUUCAACAACAGUAUGAUUCAAUCAUUCGUAGUAUCUUGGAUGAAAUUGUAGCACAAAAAGAAUAUGCAAAAGAAAUACUUACAUACGCACUUGAUCAACUUGAAACAACAAUCGAUACACCUGAAAUAAAAGCUCAUAUAAAUCAAUUGAUGCAUCAGAUAGAUCAACUUGUUGACAAUAUGGCCUCACAAACCUUAUUGUUAUCAAUAUUCUCGGGCAUUGGCAUGUCCAGUACUAUUGCUUUAAUUAUCAGUUUGUUUGUUGGUGCAUCAGCAUUAGGUGCUUUUGCACUUGGAAUAGGAGUUAUUGGCAGUGGCAUAGCUAAUCAAGUCAUAUUUCGACGAAAACUAUGCGAAUUAGAUGAAAAAUUAAGAAACAAUAUUAAAAAAGUUGAAAAUAAAAAACAUGAACAAAUAAAAAAUCUUAAUGAAUAUUUCGAUGAUUUUGAAAAAAAAUUACGCUAUUAUUCAACUCAUAGUCAAACCUCAGUGAUAAAUAUUAUUUGGUAUGAUAAAAAAAUUCAAAAUGAUGAAAAUCAAAAGUAUAUUAAACAAUUAGAAAAUGAAUUUUCAACCGAACAAUAUCAAAUCUUACCAUAUAAUAAUAAAGAACAAACAAUUGAAUUAAUUAAAACUAAUAUUCAAAAUAAUUUAAUUCUAAUCACAUCAGGAUCAGCUGGAAAAGAAAUUAUUUCUGAAAAAGGAUAUUAUUUUCAUAUCAAAGGUAUAAUUAUAUUCUGUUCUUCAGUUGAAUAUCAUCGAACAUGGGCAAAACAAUAUAAAAAAGUUUUACUUAUCACAAAUCAAUUUUCUCAAGUUAUUCAAAAAAUAAAAGAUAUCGAAUGUGGUGAAAUUUAUUUUUUAAAUUUUGGUUUUGCAUAUGAAGAUAUUGCAUUAAAAUUAAAAAAUUUUAAUUAUUAUCUAUCAACAACACAAAAUAGUUUUAUUAUUCAAAACUUUUCUGAUAUUAAUUUAAAUAUCGAUUAUCAUAAAAAUAUUAUGAUAAAAUUACAUCGUUCAUUGAAAUCAAAAAAUAUUUAUUCACAACGUAUUCCAAAUCAUUUUCAACUUGAAAAUUUAAUGCAAUAUGCUGAAAAAUUUGUUGAAGCUUUAAAAAAAUCUGAACCAGUAAAACACAUCAUACAUCUAUAUACAGCUGCUGCACCUUAUUAUUAUAAAAUAAUUAAUGAUAUUCUUAAUUUAUUAGAUGAAGAAUUAAUUUUAUUAAUUCAAGAUUAUAUUAAAGCAUUACGAUAUGCUUUAUUGAUCUAUUCGGAUACAUCUAAUAGAAUACCACAUACAACAAAUGUUAAAUUAUAUCGAGAUUUAUGCUUAGCAAAAGCAAAUAGUUUUCAAGAAUUUUUGAAAAAAUUCAAUGUUAAUGAUAAAAUUGUUUUUCCAGCUUUUUUAUCAACAAGUUUAAAUCAAAAUGCAGCAAGAAUUUUUGCUGGUGAGAAAGGCGUUCUAUUAGACAUUUCUGCCGAUUGUACAAAAUCAAAUAAACCAAAAAGUAUCGGUGUAGAUUCACAAUUUACAAAUGAAGAUGAAGUUUUAUUAAAUUGUUUUAGUUUAUUAACAGUCAAAAAAAUUACAAAAAUAAAGGAUGAUUUAAUAUCGUACGAAUGCAAAUUAGAACUAUAUUAA